GGGAGUUUAGGCCUUCGGUGGGCACUAAUUAUUGCUCAAAGCAGUGUUUUGUAACGAAUGCAAGGGCGAUGGUAAUUGAUUUUAUUACGAUAUCUGAGUCUUAUUCGUGCGCAUAAGAAGUAUCUAAUUAAGGAGUGUUUAAUAUGGUUGUAUGAAUUAUUAUGGAAUGACAUUAAUCCAAAUGCUGAAAUGAUUGUUAUGGUUAUGUGAUGAGAGCAGUUGGAUUUUAUUUCCCAGAAGGAUUUGUAUUAAUAGUUCUAUAGUGUUCUAAACGUGAAUUGAAUGAAGUGUCAUGCUAUCAGAUUUCAAAUUGUCUCCAACGAUAAUAGGUUUUUAUAUUGUGAUGUAACUCAAGCCGAAAUGUUCAGGCUAUUAUGCGUAAAAUAGGGUUUUUUCACAAUGGAUAAGGAAGUUAUAUAAGUAAUGGAUUUAGUGAUGAGUUAGUUUCAACAUAAAAGUGGUUAGUUUAACUUGGAUUUAUACUCGAAGGGGAAAUUAAGUGGAUUAAUAAUGAGGAUAUAUGAUUUUAUAGUUUAAUAUUUGCUGACUGAAACAAAUAGUUCACUAAAUGGAAGUGGUUGAUUAUUAUCGUUUAAGCUUUACCAUCAAUUGUUUAUAAGGAAAUAUAUGUGUUCCACAUUAAGGAAUAAAAUAACGUUCAACGUCCGUAUUACAUCUCUUAACCGCCGGAUAUAUCCGGUAGACAAUUACUUUUUAAAGUUCUCUACCGAAAGUGUAUCAACCUAAAUUUGUGAAGAGCUUUUCAAGGCGUCUGGCGCUAUAUCUAUGUUAAAUAUGUAUGUAAUACGUCCCGCAAUAUUGUGACAUUUUACUUGCAAAUCUUUCCGGAUAAAAUGAGUUUCGCCGGUGACUUAUUCAGAGCAGAACGUGGCUCAGAAUUUGUCGGACAAAAGAAAACGGCUUCAUUUCUUCGGUGGGCGCAAUGUUGUUUAUGGAUAUACUGUGCUCGUUUUAACAUGGUGCUAAGUUCCGUUUUGUGCUUUCGGUCAAGGAAUUAUGGGAAAUGUAUUUUUACCUCGAGUUCAAAUGUUUUUCCUAAAUUGUUUAUUGUGCUCACAGUGUUGUGUUUGCUUCCGGAUUAUUCAAUCGGAAGUGACGUCAUAACGUCGACGACAUCUUCAUACCCAUCACCAAGUUCCCCAGUUACUAUAAAGAUCGCGACAAUAGUAUCGUACAACACCAGUAGACUAUUUUCAAUGUAUAAAAUCCGCCCAGCACUAGAUUUGGCUAUUGACGAAGUACAUGAAUGGGAGAUUCUACCAUCUUGGGUGAUCCUGAACGUCAGCUAUUCCGACUCCCACUGCAACGCCAUGGAUGCUCCCGUCGCUGCCUUCAAUUUCUACAUGGACCGUAACGUAGACUUCUUUCUAGGUCCCGUAUGUGACUACUCGCUAGCGCCCGUAGCGCGAUACGCACCGUACUGGAACCUUCCGGUUAUAAGUCCAGGAGGUUUUGCGCAUGAUUUUGGGGCCAAUAAAUCCUCCCCGGUUGCGGAGUUCCCUACGUUAACGCGAGUUGGGAUGACGUUUAACUCGAUGGCUUUGGCAGUCUCCUCAAACAUAUAUCAACACAAUUGGAAGAAAUUUAAACUUAUAUAUGACGGUGAAGGUCAUUCGGAAGUGAUGCCUAGGUUCUGUUACCUAGCCGGAAGUGCACUAAUCUCUACGAUAAAGCAAGAAGAGAUCCUUGAACAUGAUUUAUAUCUUAUGCUUCCGGGUAAUGACCACGCGCGCAUGCUGACAGAAAAAGUGGGAAAUACUUAUUCCGUUGUUGUACUGUGUGCGUCCGCCGACUCAGUCCGGGAAAUCAUGAUCAAAGCCCACGAGUUGAACUUCGACAAUGGGGAAUAUGUCUUCUUCAGCAUCGACCUCUUCAGCAGCAAAAAUGAGAGCACAAAACCUUGGUACAGAGAAAAUGACACACAAGAACGUAAUGAAAAGGCAAAGAAGGCUUAUGAAGCGUUAAUGACGGUGACCUUACGUAAACCCACGAGUCCAGAGUACAAGAACUUCAGCAGGGAGGUGAAAAGAAGAGCCAAAUCUAGAUACGAAAAUUUCACUUACGGGGAGGAAGAGGUGAACAGUUUUGUGGGCGCUUUCCAUGACGCGGUAAUUUUGUACGCCCUGGCCCUGAAUGAGACAUUACAAGCGAACAGAUCCAUUACAAAUGGGACGGAGAUUACACGGCGCAUGUGGAAUAGAACAUUUAGAGGGAUCACUGGAAAUGUCUCUAUCGAUGACAAUGGUGACAGGAAUGCUGACUACUCGCUGCUUGAUAUGGACCCGGUCACUGGCGAAUUUGAGGUGGUCGCGAACUAUUUCGGCAACACGAAGCGAUACGAACAGGUGGAUGGGAAGUCUAUACGCUGGGCCGGUGGACUGGAUCGCGCACCACCCGAUACGCCCAAAUGCGGAUUUGACAACUCUAAAUGUCCGCCCGAUAAGCCUUUUCCGGAAUACGGCAUUGUCAUCAUCGUUCUUGGUAGCCUGCUGCUAAUAGUUGUCGUAGCUGCAUUCUUUAUAUACAGACACAUCAAGCUAGAAGCGGAACUGGCAGAAAUGAAUUGGCGCGUGAAAUGGGAAGACAUUAUGCUGGGGACUAUCGAAGGGGAGAGAAAAAUGAAGAAACAGGCUGCAAGCAACUUAAGUCUCGCACGACGUUACUCAGUGACAUCAUCGUGUUCUCGGGAUACCAUAGCAGUACAUCUAAGUGACGUGGGCCAAAGACAAUUGUUUACAAAGACCGGGUAUUACAAGGGCGCAAUCGUUGCGAUAAAAUCAAUCACCAGAACGAAUAUAGCGGUAAACAAACCACUGUUAAUGGAGAUUAAAAGGAUCAAGGACCUUGCAAGUGACCACAUUGUGAGGUUUAUUGGAGCGUGUAUCGACUAUCCUCACAUGUGCAUUCUCACAGAAUAUUGUCAGAAAGGUUCCCUUCAGGAUGUUCUUGAAAACGAACAAAUCAAACUUGACUGGAUGUUUAGAUAUUCACUAAUGCAAGACAUCGUAAGAGCUAUGACCUACUUACAAAGUACGGAGGUAAAGAGCCACGGAGCGUUAAAGUCUACCAACUGUGUAGUGGACUCACGGUUUGUUCUCAAGCUUACGGACUUUGGGCUCCACGAUUUGCGAGGACAUGACGAGGAGAUGCAGGAGGGAGCGUAUGCUCAUUAUAGAGGUCUCCAAUGGACAGCUCCAGAGUUAUUGCGUAUGCACAAUCGGCCACUUUGUGGUACCCAGAGGGGCGACGUGUACAGUUUUGCCAUCAUCUGCCAGGAGAUUGUUUACAGGAGCGGGGUCUUCUACGUGGCCAACAUUGACGUAGGGCCUCAAGAGGUUGUAGAGCGAGUUAAGUCAAACUCGAAACCCCCGUUCCGCCCAACGCUGGAGGAAUUCGAUUGCCCUUGUGACGAACUCGCUGACGUCAUCAGACGGUGCUGGUCAGAGGAUCCUGUGGACAGACCCGACUUUUCUGCCUUAAAGUCCAUAAUCAGAAAACUUAACAAGGAUGGAGAUAAGGGAAAUAUCUUGGACAAUCUGUUAUCCCGUAUGGAGCAAUACGCCAACAACUUAGAAUCGUUAGUGGAGGAACGAACGGCUGAUUUCCUCGAGCAGAAGAAGAAAGCGGAGGACCUGCUCUAUAUGAUGCUUCCAAAACAGGUAGCGGGCCAGUUGAUCCGAGGAGAGACUGUGAUGCCAGAAACCUUCGAUUCCGUGACUAUCUACUUCAGUGAUAUAUGUGGGUUUACCGCGCUUUCCUCCGAGAGCACUCCAAUGCAGGUUAUAGACCUGCUGAAUGAUCUCUACACUACGUUUGAUUCCAUUAUUGAAAAUUUCGAUGUUUACAAGGUUGAAACGAUAGGCGACGCCUAUAUGGUGGUGUCGGGCCUUCCGGUCAGAAACGGGAACCUGCAUGCGCGGGAAAUAUCCCGCAUGUCAAUCGCCCUUCUCAACGCUGUGCUGUCUUUCAGAAUACGUCAUAAACCAAAUGACCAAUUAAAACUCCGCAUCGGUAUCCAUUCAGGAUCGGUGUGCGCGGGGGUAGUGGGCCUUAAGAUGCCCAGGUAUUGCCUGUUUGGGGACACGGUCAACACAGCAUCUCGAAUGGAGUCGAAUGGAUUGCCGUUGCGAAUUCACGUGAGUCCGUUCACAAAGGAAGUUCUAGACCAGUUUGGAUCGUUCGAGCUUGAACUCAGGGGACCAGUAGAAAUGAAGGGUAAAGGGGCGGUAACCACGUACUGGUUAUCAGGGGAGAGAAUAAAAUUAGAACAAACAAAAAUUGUUCCAUUCUGCUGAUGAAGUCACGGAUGAAAUGACGUCAUACUAUUGAGUGAUGACACGAGAAAAACAUGACGUCGUAGUAUUAACUUUUCUUCGUAUCUGUACAAUACGAUGGGAGGAUAAAAACCAUAGAUCAAACGGAGAUUAUGACGUCACCAAUAAAUAUGACGUCAUAAUAUACAUAUUUCGUCAUAUCUGAUUUUCCUUCAAUGUGAUUGAUUUUUUUGUCUCUUCUUAAAAUGUUUGAUUUUUAGGCAGUAGUUAGUCAAUCCGGUAGUGGAAGGUUUUGUUAAGGUUUGAUUGCAGACAUGUUGGUGAACUGUUAAGUUAGCUAGGAUUUCUAACGUAUGUUAAGAUAAGAUAAUUUUCGGUGUCAGGAAUGUAUAGAGUUUUUCCGUGUUUGAUGUUUUAGAAUCAAUUCUAUAACCAAUAAUUAUUAUGGACAGAAAUGACUUUAUGCUUGUGUAUAUAAUUCCGCAUCACUUAUAGGUGUGGUGAAAACAGAAUGUCUUUCUAUUACGUGUUACAUGUUUUCCCCACAUAAUAUUACACUUUGUAAGUAAUCUUGUAAAUAUACCAAAUGUUAAUAUUUUUCGUGUACCUGUGUCUAGGAAAAUAUGUCUCCUGUGUCUAAUUUGUAGAAAACAUACAUUUUCUCUUUAAAGGGACUUAAUCGCUUACUGUUUUAAAGUGGGGGUUUUCCAAAAUUAUUUACAGUCGAACCCCGUUGGCUCCCAGGGUCUGGCGAAAAUACCUCGAGCCUCGGGGAAUUUCAGCCAAGCAGGUUUGUUUAUCUUUAGUUUAAAGAAAUCUGUACUUUACAUCUAGUUCGAGCCAACGAGGAAUUUGAACCAAACGAGUUCGAGCCAACGGGGGUCGGCUGAUUUUUUCUUACUUUUAUGCACAAUGAUCAAACAGCAACUGACAGAUACUUAUUUUAACAUAAUUUUGUAAAUCCAAGCUUUAAAAUGAUUAAAAAUGAUAGCGUUACUCGCGCUUUUCGAUAAAAUAUAGCAUUUUCGGUAACAUAUUUGAUUAAUUAAUAACGAUAUAGGUCAAAUUUGACCUUUAAUGAUUUUUCUUAAUCAUUGUGGUAAGCAAGUUGUUUUCACUUAAAACAAAACUAAUUGUUUCGAUAUCUACCCCUAAAAAACUAUGAAUGAGUCCCUUAAAUGGAUCAACAAUGCGUAAGACCUUGAAAUUAACUGUUUAACCUACGUAUGAAUGUCGUUAAGUUUGUUAUAUUAUGACAAAACUUGAUGUUAGUCUUUACAUAUUGAAAAAUGUAGAUUCGAAGGUAUUUGUUAUACAUCUGAAUGGCCGGUAUUCAUAAAAUAUAUCUUAUCGUUAUUUUCAAAUUUAUUUAAUUUUUCCAAGUUAAGUAUCUUACUUGUCAUAUGAUGAAAUAGUUUGAUAAUUUCUUAAAUACUUUAUUGUCAUUUGCUUAAUUGAAAAUUAAUAUUAAAACACUAAUAUAUUUUAUAUACAUAUUUUUAUUAAGCUAUGAGUAUUAUAGGAACUUGACUUAAGCUAGCAAAUGACUUAAGAUUAUUUAUGAAUACAGAUCCAGGAUCCAGGGUUGGUAUUCAAUAUAAAUCUUAAUUGGAUCUAAGAACGAUGUAGCUAAUCGGAUUAUUUGUUAUUAAUAACUAGACAAUAGAGUGAAUGAAGUCAAUGAUGUAUGACCAUAAGAUCAUCAUAAAUUGAAUAUUGAAUACCACCCAAAGUGUCGGAUUAAAUUGUACAUAGGUUGAAAGAGUUUACCUUUAAGUAAAGUUGAUAGGAAAUGUCUUAUUUCAAAGUCAAGCAUUCAUUUAAAAUAUAGAAUAUUUGAAAACAAAUCCCGAAAAAAAUCACAAGCAGCAUUCAAUGAUAGUAUUUUGUCUGACUGUGUCACUUCUUUGUUAUUUUGUUAGUCGUUCUUAUAUAUUUUUAUGCUCGUUUUAUAUGGAAAAGAGUGCUAUUUUUCCAUAUUGCUGUCUUUUUUUAUUGGGUCUUAAAAAAUCCAGCCACUCGCCAAAUUUUACAUCAAUCACUUAUUUUGUAUACCCUUUUCUGUCAUUUAUUAUAUUUAUUUUAAAUAAUUUUUGUUCCGCCAUUAUUAUCCACAAGCACCAAGUUUACAUUAUCGCUGACGAAUUGUUUUAGCAAUGUCAUAGCCUUGGUGUCAUCUUCGGCAUCGUCGUCGGCAUCGCCGUCGUCAUCGUCGGCAUUGUCGUCGUCGUCAUCGUAGGCAUCGUCGUCGGCCUCGUCGGCGGUGGUGUCGUCUGUGUCUUGUAUGUCGUUUUAUAACAAUAACACUAAACUUGGCCAUGACUUAAACACCAUCCCAAAUAUUCAAAUGAAACUUGUUACCCAUGCUAUCAGACGCAAAGUGCACUUGUAUAGCAAUGCGUAUAACUCCGGUUUUAACAAUUAUCGAGCGAUGCCAAAUGUUUGACUUAACAAAAACAGACGAAAGUUCGGUUCGCUCCGUGGCACUCCUGUUGAAAAUCCAUUUAUUUUAUACAUGCUCUAUGUCGAUAUUUCAUGUGUUAUAUUUUACAUUAUUUGUAUUCUGUAUUAGUUUACAAUAAGAACGCCAUUUGGUAUCUGUACUUCGCAGGGGUCGUUUCAAAAACGACCUUAUUCGAUUUUAAUCUCAAAAUGAUAGUAUGCAUAGUUUUAUUUCUUUGCUACAUAUUUGAUUGAACUUCAAACAAUAUUAAUAAACAAUGUGUUAAGGAAACAAAAAAUCAAUGCAUUGCAAUUUGUGACUUUUAAACAGAUUUAAGAUUACUGUAGUUACGACUAAAUUCCUUUUUUGAAACGGCCCCCAUGUUCUUACAAUUUUGCCAAUGAAUAAGGCCACAAAAAAUAAAGAUUUUUCUGUUGGGGUUUCCCUACCAGUAUUUUUGAGUGUGGGUAGGUAGUUUUUUUGUUUUAAUUUCAUUCAUAACUGCUUAUUAUAUCAUUCAAAACCAUUCAUUUCGAAAACAAAAAGACAAAAAUGAAGUUAUGACUAAUUGGAAAGGCUACGAAAAUGCAGUAGUGGGUAUUUUAGUGAGUCGAUCGAGACACGCCAAAUUAUUAAAUAUUGUUGGCCUUAUUUUUGCUAAACAAUAUCAACUUAAUCUUAUCGCUCGCUUUGAGAUAAGUGGGUAUUUGUUAGUGUGGACUACUUUUUAUGUGCUUCGUCAUCCAAGGAUAACUCCUUUUUGUGCGCUUCGUCAUCCAAGGAUUACUACUGUGUGUGUGCUUCGCAUCCAAAGAUUACUACUUUUUGUGUGCUUUGCAUCAAAGAAUGACUACUUUUUGUGGGCUUCGCAUCAAAUAAUGACUACUUUUUGUGUGCUUCGUAUUUAAGGAUGACUACUUUUUGUGUGCUACGCAUCAAAAGAUAACUACUUUUUGUGUGCUCGCAUUAAAAGAUGUGUACAUUGUGCAAGUGUUAUACUCCUACCAUUCGCGUUACAUGUACCUUUGUAUGAAUUAUGACCGACUUUAAGGUAUAACACGUGUAAAUCAAGGCUUUUAUAACGUUUAAGCUAUACCGCUUGUUUGACGGGAGGAACUACGGCGUUGGCGUUAACUCAGCCGCGGUCGUUUUAAUUUUUUAUCAUAUGUUGAAUUGGCUAAACACGAACCAUGUUGCAAAAUGAUAUUACAAUUUUUGUUUUUGCAGUGAAUGCAUUUUGUGUAUUAGUUUAACAAUAAAAUAACCAAGAUCUAAUUUGAAACUAGAUUUGAUAUAUACUAGUUUGUUCAUAUAAUCAGGUGCAGUAGAACGGUAUACAUUUUCUGUUGUUAAGGAGUCCGACUCACAAAUAAGUAAUUUUUUUCUGACCUUUAUGUUAAGUUUUGAUACAUUUCCAUUCAAUGUUGGUUUCAUAUGAAAUGUUUUUGCUUGCUUCUUACCACAACUACAUAUGUUACCUAAGAACAAGUAUAAGCGUAUAAGAAUUCUAUUGAAUACUGUUCCCAAUUCCUUAAAAUUUGAACUGAGAUUUUGUUUUAUGACAAGUGUGAUUUUGUUUGUGUGUUUGCUGUGUUCGAAUGUGUCAUGAUGUCUUUAGACCACAGAAACACUUGUAUUUUGUAACGAAACUAUCAUUCAUAAUAGAUGUACAACUUUCAACUGUCAUUGCAAUUUUUACAACUUUUAAACACCUAGCAAUUGUUUUUUUUUGUUUUUUAUUUUGGAAAACGCGUUCGGGAAAAAGUGUGAAAUUAUGACCUCGAGGGAGCCAUAAGGUUUUGUGCAUGAUUUGAGUAUUUGGGACCGGCUAUUGUGCUCGACUCCUCGACUUAUUUCGUUUUUUGGGACUAAGCUUCGACCUCGAGGGACCGCCUGUUCGAACGACCGCAGUUUUACAUGUUUUAGUUGAUACCAGAAAUCUAUUCAGCAUCGAUGAAAAAAAAAAAACAGAUUUCGUGUGUUAUUGUUAUAUCAACUUAAAGGGACUCCUUCACAGAUUUAAAGAUGGCAACGAUAUUUUUUUUAAACUUUGUUGAACUUGUUAUACUUUUAUGAACACACUUUGGCAGCUUAUUCUAAUUGCAAGUUUAAAGUAAUUUGAAUUUUCGCUGAUGUUUUAUCAACAAAAACAAGUAUUUUCAUCAGAUUUCACCCGAAAUUAUUUUUUUCUUUUCUCGACCUUUUAAAACUCGAACGAGUCCCUUUAACUGUUUUUACAUAAUAUAUUGUUACAAUUAUUAUAUCGCACGACUGUAAUUUUCUCAACUUAAAUAUACACACGUAUACAUAUUUCUUUAAAGUCAAUAUAAAUGUUCUUACAAUUAUAAUGUCAAAUAUAUCAUCGAUUUGAUAAUUUUUUAAGUAUUGUUACUGUGUCUUUGUUUUUUUACUUAAAUUAUACAGUGGUUAUGUUGUGUAAAAGAAAUUAAAACUUUUAAACACUUAUACAUGUAUAUUCUUAUUCACUAUCGUUAUUGCAAUGACCCUGACCCUGGCACAGUAAGAAAAUAUAAUUGCAACCACCAAAUUAUAUGUUGAAAUACUUCUUAAAUAAUUACAUCAGGUACACAAAACUUCUGUGUUUUAGAAACAAUUGCUAAACAAGUAUUUUAUUAAUGUCUUAAGAGAUGUCUUUAGUAGAAUCCGUACUCUUAUAAGUCACUGUCAUUUAGAAAUGGCAUGGUACAUCGUAUUUGUUCACAUACACACACUUCUUUAAUCUUCGUAAACUUUGUCAUACAAAAUGUGUUGUAUAUGUAUUUAAACCGUUUAGAAUUGAUAGUUGAUUUAUUAUUAUAUUAUUGAUAAAAAUAAAGAUUUUGAAAGUU